AUGACGCAAAAGUACAGCCAGCGGUCUUUAAUUGUUCUGUCUUUACUGGGGAUUUUAUCGGCCAUCAUGUCGGUUUUAUCGGUGAUUUUGAUUUUCCAGCUGCAGUCACAGCAGACGGCGGUGAAGGAAUCACCCCCGUCCACCUCCUCGGUCAUACCCGCUCAUGUCUGGGCCGUCCUGCUGCCAGUGGCCACAGUGCUCUCCGCUCUGUCCCUCACUCUCAACUUGAGCUCUGUGGUUGUGUGUCUCCUCCACAGCUAUUUUUCAACCGAGGUCUGCAGAGGAGAACAGGAUACAGAAAGAGCAGACUGGUUCCUUCUGGACAGCAGAGCUGUACGACAUGUGGCUAUUGGACUCUUCUGUCUGGGGGUUUCUGUCUAUUUAAUAGCCAUGUCCAUUUUUAUGCUCCUAAUAUUCGAGAUGGAGACUGGAAUUGCAAGUGCUUGUGUACUUUCCUCUGGGAUCCUGAUCCUGCUGGUGGCUGUAAUACACGCUCUGGUUAAAGCUUCCUAUACUGGAAAGCACUAUCACAGCGACCAUCUUGACACCCUGUAUCGUAACGACCACGGAAGUAGCAGCGCACCAGUUUCUCGGCCCUGCGAGUUAAAAAUUGGAGUGGACAAACCGCGGAUCCUUCGCAGCCAGUCUCACCUCCAGCAUCAUAUUGCCUUCACUCAAUGUGGCGACCCGAGACAGCGAGAACAAUAUCAGCAGCAGCAGUACUCCCCUACAGGAGGUUCACAGGGCCACUCUAGUGAUAAAGAUGCUUACAGCAGUGGUGGCAGCUAUCCCCGAAUGCACAGGACACUGUCUACUGAAUCUGGUUUGCUACAGGCCCAGGUUAAACCCUGGAAUGGGGUCAACAAUGAGAUGAGGAGCGUCCUUGCACGAAAGUCAGGGAUUUGUGCAAAAGACUCUACUCUCGUGUGACAUAAAAUAAGAUUAGCAGUUUGCAUCAGUGGCUAGAAAAGACUAAUGACCUACAAAUACUAUAUGGUGACAACAACAAGUGCAGUGCAGAUGUAAUACUGUCAACAUUCGACAAGUUUAUCCAGAAUGACUGCAGACAAAAGAAGAAAGAAGAAGGAAGAAAAAAAAAAAAGUAUCUUUAGCAACUUUUUUCUCCUUUUCUCCAACACAGGUUACAAAAGUAUUAUUAACCUGGUGGGGGGAAAAAUGUAGUGCUUCACGUUAAUGAAUUUGAUCUAAAUUUCCAAAUUAUGCACACCAAUGCCAUCCAUAUAUCAAGCUGAUGAAUUUAUCGCUCAUAUUAUAAUCAUGUAAAUAUUUUAUUCUGCUGUAUAUAUCUGCUUUUUGCCAAAUAUGUGCACAAUGUGCAGAAGUGUUUUAUGUGCUUUGUAAAAUUAUUUCACAUAAAUAUUAAAUAAAUUGAUUCUAGAAGUAUAUAUAA